AUUCAAGUACCCAAAACAAAGAACUUCCGGUAAAUAGAGGAGCAGCGACUGAAAUUUCUGUAAGAAAGUUUUUUGCCCCUUCGCCAUAUUUUUACUAUAAUUCUAGAUUAAUCACAUUUCAAAAUGACAAGACAUUCAAAGAACUGCACAGCUGGAACAGUUUAUACAUACCAUGAGAGACAGAGAGAUACCAAAUCAUCAGGCUAUGGAAGUAAAAGUGCCAGAUUUGGAAAAGAUUCUAUCAAGGAUUUUGACUGUUGUUGUUUAACACUACAACCAUGCAGGAAUCCUAUUGUAACACCAGAAGGUUUUCUGUAUGACAAAGAAGCUAUACUAGAAUUUAUCAUACAACAAAAGAAGCAGAUUGCAAGAAAGUUGAAAGAAUAUGGAAAACAGAUAAAUAAAGCUAAAGAAGAGCUAAAUGAAUUAGCCAAAGCAGAACUAGAAACAAAGAAACAGAAACUUAUCAGUCAUGUGGAAGCCCCAUCAGACAAAAAUGCUACUGGUAAAGAUGAAAGUAUUUGCAACAUGAAAAAUGGUAAAGGUAAAGAAUUACCCAGUUUCUGGGUUCCUGCUUUAACACCAGAUGCUGCUCCUACUAAAAUAGAAAAACCUGAUGAAAAAGUAAGAUGUCCAAUGAGCGGUAGACCAAUCAAGUUAAAAGAUAUGCUUGAUGUCAAGUUUACACCAAUAAAUGACAGAGAUUCUAAAACAGCUCUUAUAUCAAAACAGGCUAGAUAUGUAUGUGCUGUUACAAAUGAUGUCCUUGGUAAUUCUGUCCCAUGUGCAGUUCUUAAAACUUCAGGCAGUGUUGUAACAAUGGAAUGUGUAGAAAAGUUAAUAAAGAAAGACAUGUUAGAUCCAAUUAAUGGCAAGAAAAUGACAGAAAAAGACAUCCUACCAUUACAAAGAGGAUCAUCUGGAUAUUCAGCAUCAGGACACACACUAGAGGGCAAAAAAUAUGGUCCUUCUGUGAUGGCAUAAAAUGUGAAGAAACAUCUUUUAUAACACAUCUGUGACUUUUGGAAAGGAUGAAAAGAAAAAAAAGAGCGUACAAAAAAAAGUAAUGAAAAUGUACAUAAAGUUGAAUUGUUUCAAGAAAAGCUGGUCUGUGUAUAGACAACUUCUAUUAUGUUAAACAUACUGAGCUUAGAAUCAGCAUGAUGGAACCAAAUUUUGAAGUUCAAUAAUGAAUUUUAUUGUUUAUUUAUUUUAGAUAAGUAUUGUUUUUCAGGUGUUUGUGUACACCUAUUCUUGGCAUUUUCUUAAAAAACUGAUGUAAAGUCAUAGGGAAAUUUUACUUGCUACUGUAUUACUACAAUAAAGAACUUACUUCAGUAUUUUUAUUGGGAGGGGGAGAGAUUUGUCUUGCUUACAAGUUACAACAAUGUCACUGGAGAGUACAUAUAUAUUGGUGUUAAUAAAUCUGGAAAUACAGUUGCAUAGGAAGAAAUAGUCCUUUCAGAGACAAUACAUCAUUUUUUUUUACUAAUUUUGAAUUAUAACAAUAUUGUGUACCUAUGUAGUGUUUCACAUUUUUUGUGGUAUGAAGAAAUAUAUCUAUUUUCAAUUAUUAAAUGAUUAAAUAUUGCAAUGUGUAUGAAUUUUAUUGAAAUAUGGAUAUUUUGUGCAAUUUAGGGUGGAUAUGUGUUUUAUAUUUUGCAUUGUUUUAGAUGUCCACUACACACUGUAUUAAAUGUAUAAGAACUUGUAUUAUAAAAAAUCAUGAUAGUCAAAUAAAGAAAAUAAAUAACAUA